AUGGCUUCGGAGAACGUUGACGAUGACAUGGCCCUCGACGAUGUUGCGGCAUUGAUUACUUUCAACGAGAACAAUGCCUCUUUCAACGCCGAUGUCGUCAAUAUCGAUGGCCUGAAUUGGGAUGCUGAGCUUGAUGAGGAUUCCAAGGCCGCUCUCAAGGAAAACGAGACCAGCAAGGCCAAUUUUGCACGCCUCGAAGAAGAAUUUCAAGGUAAGAAAGCUCUAGGAACCACCACUGAGGAAGACGAGAUUCGGUAUGCUGCUGCCAAACACGCAGAGCAGCAGCGUAUCAAGGAUUUCGAGCGGAGCCAGAUGGAGAUAGAAGAGCCUGUGAAAGUAGCAGAUCAACCCCCAGAAGAUGAGGAGGAUAGCCUCUUCAUUCCCGAGGUCCCUGAGCGACCCGAGCCGCCCCAACGGAAAAAGCGAGCAGCAGCAAAGCCUAAAAAUCGUCUCACUGCGAAAGAGAAAAAUGAGGCCAUGUCUGCUGGAUUAGAUCGUUUGGAAAGUGGCAAACCUAAGAGGAAGAAAACCCAGGACAAGAGUGCAGAACCGCGAAAGAGGAAGCGACCAGCAGCUAAUCAGAAGCGACGAAGACCCACCUUGAACAAUCUUCAAGGCUUAGGAUCAACCAAUAUCAUUGGACCUGCUCAGGCCAAUGCAGAGAGACCGGACAUGCCAACCUUUACUUCGAAAGACAAAAGCAAGGCUCUCCAGGAACUACUUGCAAGUAUCCCAAAUUCUGAACAGCGUCUACACUCAUCCGAGAAAAAUGCCAUCCUCGAAGCAUCCAAGAAAUUCAAUGGUCAAGGUGCUAUCCGAUCAGAUGGCCAAGGAGGCUGGAAGCUCCGAGGCAUGGAGUCUUCUUUAUACCAUCAUCAACUACUGGGUGCGGCUUUCCUACGUGAUCGCGAACAUAGCAAUACCCGGCCACAUGGCGGUUUAGUCUGCGACGAAAUGGGAUUUGGAAAGACCAUACAGAUGAUUGCCAAUAUUCUCACUGGUAAGCCAGAAAAUGGCAGCGCAGUGAAGACAACGUUGAUCGUGGCACCGCCUUCUCUCGUCAAUCAGUGGAUGGCUGAGAUGGAUAAACACGUCAAAGAUCGAGCGCUUGGCCGGAUUCUUCGUUACCACAACGGCUCCCGUCUUAUGAGCAACGAUGUUGUGGCUGACCUAGCAACCUACGACAUAGUUCUCACGACGUAUGGAGAAGUCCAGAAAAGUUACCCUAUGAUCGAGCCGCCGAAGCAUCUAUCUUCAGAGACCAAGAAGAAUGAGUGGUGGAAAGACUUCUAUGUCAACAACUGUGGACCUCUACACAAGAUGAAGUUUCAUCGUAUUGUUCUCGAUGAGGCUCACGCCAUCAAGAACCACAACUCCAAAACCUCGAUUGCUGUCCGAGGUCUGACUGGAAAAUUUCGAUGGGCUAUUACAGGAACACCCAUCCUGAACUAUAUUGAGGAGUUAUUUCCAUACUUCUCAUUCCUUCGAGUUCCACACACGGGUGAUUACAAUACCUUUUGUCAUAACUAUUGCAACAAUCGCUCCAAUCGUGAGCCGGUCAACAUGGAACGGAUUCACAAUAUCCUCCGCGCCAUAAUGCUCAGACGUACGCAUGUCGACAGUCUAUUCAAUGCGCCGAUCGUCAAGUUACCUGGGAUUUCACAUGUCACGCAUGAGGUGGAGUUCAACUCCAUCGAGCGCGCCAUCUACUCAAUGGUCAAGCGCCGCUAUGCACAACAGAUCAACACCUUCUCAUCUUCCGGCAAUCUAACAGCCAAUUACAGCAACAUCUUGAGUAUGAUCUUGCGACUUAGAAUGCUCUGCUCUCAUAUUUUUCUCUGUCAGGAGACCCUCAAGGAGAUGUUUGUGGUCGCUGACAUCGAAAACCUCUGGCAACUAACACAGAAGGAAGUCGAAACGGUGGAUAAAGGCAUUCAGCGCUCCUCGGACACCUUCAUCGCCCUCCGAAAGAUGCUCCAUUCAAAGGACAAGACAAUCACAACAUGCCAGACACGGGAAGGCGAUGCAUCCAGUCCGAUAGAUAUUUCGGACAUCGACAAUCAGGAAGACGUCAGUACUGGCGCUUCGUUCGGUCUCACUUUCAAGUUUCGACGCUUCCUCCGUGAACUGAGUAAGAGCACCACCUGGGCCGAGCUUCACGCCCGUUCCAAUUGCGCCAAAUGCGGUCAGCAACCCGAUGAGCCAAUGUGUACAUCAUGCUUCCAUGUAUACUGCAUAGAAUGCCUUGCACAACUGAGACUGGAGCAAAGAGACGAGCUUAAGGUUGCUUGUCUCGAAUGUGGCACUUCCUUUGAAGAGACCUCGCCAUGUUCUGGCUUGAAGGAACUUGGCUUCAACUCCGGCCCCGUCGUAGAAAAAGUUGAGAGAAUCAAGGAGAAACGUAUGGCAGCAGCCAAGGGACGCAGAGGUACAAGUCAGUCUCAGUAUGGUGAUGAUGAGGAAGACCCGGGCAAGGAAUCUAGCGACUGGAUUGAAUUCGGCCAAGUUCUUCCUUCAGCCAAGCUCACGGCCACGAAAGCAGCGAUCCUCAACUGGCGGGAAAAGAACGAGUCGGACAAGAUCAUCAUCUACACGCAGUUUCUUGGCCUCUGUCGCAUUCUCGCGCGCAUGUGCGAGGCCGAAGGAUGGGGUUACGUCAACUUCAACGGUAAAAUGACCCUGGAGGCACGAGAAAAGGCCAUUGACAAGUUUCGGGACAAGCCCGAGGUCUGCAUCAUGAUUUGCUCACUCAAGGCCGGCGGCAUAGGUCUCAACCUCACCAUGGCGUCCAAGGUCAUCAUUCUCGACCUCUGGUUCAACAGUUCGGUCGAGGCACAGGCGUACUGUCGCGCUUUCCGCAUCGGACAGCAGAACAAAGUCGAGGUCCUCCGCUUCGUAGUCAAGAAUUCCAUUGACGAGGAUCUCGUCAAGAUGCAAGAUCGCAAGGACAUUGAAGUCAGCGGUGCGAUCGGACCCGAGAGUCACGGCAAACGCGCGACGGUGCGUCAACUGUUGGAGUUGUUUGGCAGCGUGAAAGAGGGCGAAGGACAGAACGAAUUCAUUCUCGUGGAGGAUGAAGAGGAUGAUGAAAAUGACGAUGACGACGGAGCCGAUGCGACUAAACGGUUACCACCGCGACCUUUCUAG